GUAAAUUAUUUCACGGGUAGUUCGUAUGAAAUUUGGAUCAGGUCGUGUGAUGACAGAAAAGGUACGGGGUGUUGAGAGGAGCUGCUUCGAGGUCUACUAUACAACUGGAGCUGCAAACACCACUCAUUUUCGCUCAAAUUAUUUCUCUUCUGCCAAUUUAUGGCGUCUCAAGCCCUGAUUACAAAAAGCUCAGAUAUGAAUGGAAAAGUUGGAAAAUGUUUUACUCAAUGGUAGUGAUUGCUAUUAACAUCACACAUUGCUCAUUUGCUAUAAAUCGAUACGUAAGAGAUCGAGGAGUUUCCUAUAAAUCACUUGGUAUCACGUCUUAUUAUCGUGACAUUAUGUUUUUCGGUAGCGCAUUGCUCGUUUCGAUUUCAUUCUUGAUAUUGGUGAGACAGUGGAAAGACUUUAUUAGUAAAUGGGCUGCCCUACAGAGCGAAAUAAACAAUUACGAAUCAUUGACCGUACAGAAAAAAAUUAAGCUUCUAACUUAUUGCCUGAUAUUUUCAUCUAUCUUUGAGCAUAUACUUUCCAACACGCAGUUCAUGCUGACUGCUGAAGCAAACCCAGAUCGCCUGAGGGCGUUUUUGGACAAUGCGAAUAUAACUUCUGUAUUUGGCUACAAUGUCUGGCUUGCGCUAUUUGCCUAUUUAGGUAAUUUCCUGGUAACACUCAUAUGGAACUAUGCUGACAUUUUUCUCACUGCUAUUUCGUUGUCGCUGGCGAACAUGUUCAAACAGUUCAACAAAGAGCUCAGAAUGACAGCCGCAACGGUACCUGAGGAUAAAGCAAUUUCUUACUGGAGGAAGAAACGAGAACUCUACAAUAGCCUAUCUCUAUUUGCAAAGACAGUCGAAGAUAAAAUGUCUCGUUUGGUACUCAUUUCGUUCGCUGUCAAUCUAUACUUCAUAUGUAUUCAAUUACUUAACAGUAUAAAACCUUUGACAUCGUUCCUUCGAGUAGCUUAUUUCUGUGGUUCCUUUGGGCAUAUACUAUUCAGAACAUGCUCAGUCUGUUUCGCUGCCACCAGUAUCUACGAGCACAGCAAAGGAUCACUUCCGAUACUCUACUCUGUCCCAUCCGAGCAGUUCAACACUGAGGUCCAACGCCUCACUAACCAAGUGACUAGCGAGACCCUGGCAUUAACCGGUUGUAAAUUUUUCACCGUGACUCGCUCUCUGAUGUUGACAAUAGCAGGGACUAUAGUCACUUACGAAGUGGUUCUAGUUCAGUUCAGCGGCAUGUCUGAUGAUGGUGGAUCAUGAGAGAAUAAUUCGACGUCAGGUGCCUCAACUAUACGGAUAGAUGAUAACACCAAUCGUAUGAUGACCCUGAUUGAAGAUACUUAGAUGAGAUUAGAAAACUUCAAUUUGGAAACAUAGAGAAAUAAUGUAGAAAAAAAUAGAUUCAAAUGAAUAAUAUAUAAGAAUUAUCUAUUCUGUGUAAACGGAGACUGAUCCUAUUUAUUUAACACAAAUAAUCAAAAAUUUUGUAUAAAUCUCUGAAAGUUGUACUCUGAUUUUGUAGUUUAGAAACUGUAUACAAAUAAUUUUUUUUUUUUUUUAAUGUUUUCCCUUUGAAAAUGGUGUCAAUAUUAGAGGGUGAAAAUAAACUCCAAUAAAUCCCACCAAACAGUAUACAGUAUCCUUUAAUAAUAUCCCACUUAUCCCUGUUGAAAAAAUCCGCUACUUAGGACUCCACCUGGACAAACGACUCACAUGGAAUCCUCAUACCAGACUGAAACGACCAGAAACAGCUAGACGUUGUCGACUACUUGAGCACUUACUAGACAAACUCUCUAAACUUUCAAUUACUUACAAAAGACUCAUAUAUAUGACUAUAAUAAGGCAUAUUUGGACUUACUGAAUCUAAUAAGCCAUCAAAUUCCUCUACUAUUCAAUCCUUCCAAUCCAAAAUCCUCACUGCUCCUUACUUUGACACAAAUAAAAUCAUCCAUAACGACAUUAAUGUUUCCGAAUUAGCUCAAUCCAGAAAUCUAUCCUUCCAUAAUAAACCUCUGAACCAUCCAAACCCUCUUGUUUCUAACCUAUCUUCCUCUUCUAUUCCUGAUAACCUCCGAGGCGUCUAAAAAGAAGAUGGCCUCGGGGCCUUCUAAUAUAGAAUUUUAAUUGGAAUACUACCUACGUGUAGUUUCUC